AUGGGAAUCUCGACCUCGGGUAACUCAGAUUCCUAUGUUUCAUGUAUUACGACCUGUAUCUAUGUAUACCAUAGAUUCCCACCGUUGACAUUUCUGCUUCCGUCUAAAAUGUUUGGCGAUGCACUGGGUGGUUACGCUGUUGCCUUCUCCACCUUUCUCUUAGGCAAGUGGAACGUCUCGACAACAUGUCCUCCUGCACGAUCCGUAUCGUUAUUGUUCGAGAACGAUGCUGACUGGGAGCAUUUUGGCGAUCAUUCCAGCGCUUUGUUUUUUCACGAACCGGUCACUGGCGCAGAAGCAAAGACGAUAUGCAAGGAACAUAAUGAGACGUUGUUUGAUGUCAAAAAUCUAGCAGAAAUCUCAGCGCGUUUCUCAUAUUUUCAGUUCAUGGGAGAAGUAGACGAAAGCGAGCAGUAUUGGGCCGCAUCCAGCGGGAGGACAUGUGCAAUAAAACCUCUGCAAAAACGCGACUUUUGUGUUGAUAUUCCAAGUUCGGACGCGACACUGCCAUUCCUUUGCACCAACUCCGCUCCCCACACUACCUCGGUGGAUACCGAUUUCUCUGACGCACCGAAGGUCGAUGUCGCCUCGAAGGGCACUGUGUUUACAGGGACACGCGACCAUCUGGCUUUUCGUUUCAUGGGAAUCCCAUAUGCACAGGCUCCCACUGGUCCACUACGUUUCAAGUACAGCCAACCUUGGCACGGGGACCGCGUCGAUGCUACAGCGCUCAAACCAGGUUGCCUUCAAUUUGGGUACUUCGAGAAUAACAAUUUAGGUGUGAAUCCUUGGGGCAUAAGCGAAGACUGUUUAUAUUUGAAUGUUUACACCCCUCACAUACCGUCAGAGUCACGCAACGAAGAAUCGCCCAAAUUGAAGCCAGUUCUCUUUUGGAUUCAUGGAGGUGGCAACACAUAUGGUCUUGGUUCCGACCUUACGUUCGAUGGUGGUCCUUUGGCGUCCCGCACAGACACCGUGGUAGUAACAAUUAACUACCGGCUCGACGUAUUUGGCUUCUUGGCCCUCAACGACGAUGUCAUUACCGGAAACUACGCGUUGUCAGAUAAGAUUACUGCUUUGCAGUGGGUGAAGGAUAAUAUCGCCGCUUUUGGUGGUGAUCCGAACAGAGUGACGAUCUCUGGUCAAUCAGCAGGAGGCUGGUCGGUAAUUGACCUGCUGAGAAGCCCCAAAGCAAAGGGACUUUUCCAUAGAGCCAUUUCUCAGUCAGGGGGAGCCGGUACUUUUGCCACCCCAGAACAGGCUGCCUAUAUGGGAGGUCCAUUGACUUCUCAAUUUUGCAAUGGAACAGCUGUCGAAAGAUUGGAGUGUCUCCAAGGGAUUCCAGCGGACAACCUCAUCAAGGCAUCGCGUAAACCUCUAGCAUUCUGGCCAUCCGUGAAAGACGAUGUUUUCAUCUUCGACUCUCCAACGCAUCAGAUUAGUGAAGGUGCUGGUAGUAUUAACAGUGUCCCAUUCUUGAUAGGUUUUGUGCCCGAUGAAGGUCAAUCGGCCCUAGGGGCGUUCCCGAUUGACCUCAACCCCGAUGAAAAGGACUUCCAACUAGCGAUCUCAAAAGUCGUUGGACCGGAUGUUGCGCAAAAAAUGCAUGAUUCCGGUUUAUGGAAGACUAACGACGAAUUCACCCCAUAUAAUGCUACUAACAAUGCAUUCGGCAACUUAAUUCUGACCUGCCCUGCUGAGGAGAUGAUCACUGCAGCAGUGAAAUCUGAAGUAUUCCCGUCCUUGUAUGUCUAUAUCAUGAGGCGUGGUUAUGGGCUGCCGUUCUUGAAUCCGUUCAAUUUAUGCACCUUCCCCGUUGGAAAGCCCCAACCAUACUACGUCUGCCAUUCCGCCGACCUGUAUCCAGUCUUCGGCACCUAUCAUAUUUAUUCACAUCCAGUACGAGUUAAGGAGGAUAUUCAUUAUACCGCGCUGGUACAAGACAUGUGGGGUGCUUUCGCUAGAUCUGGGAACCCGAAUCCAGAUAAAGAGUAUCUUAGGGCUCGAGGUCCCGCAUAUGAGAGUACUUUGAAGGCUCUUGAAGGUGGAUGGACAUGGCCUCAAUUCACUGGCGACGGUAAUCAGGAGUUGGUCGCGUCGCUCGACUAUCCUGGUCUGACUAUUGAUGAUGGGAUGCCGGAUGGGAAGAACGGACGGUGCGCAUUUUUAUUGCAAGAUGGCAUGAGAUUGUUCUAG